CAUUAAUGUCGAGCACAUAUCAUUUUCACCCCUUGUUUGUGUUGUGGGGGAGGAGUUGUAUGCUAAUAAGGCUAAAAAAAAAAAUUCAGGUCAUGACAAACACAUAAUUUAGCUCCCUUUUUGGCCUCUUCCAAACAUUUUGACAGUCGUCGUUGAGUUCUUGGCCAGCUUCCAUCAGUCUCUGCGCCAUUUUUACAGGACAUCGCUAGCACAAAAGGACACGACCAGCAUAUCUAGGUUAGCCAUAUAUAUAUACCUGAACUUCCACGAAAGAGUUUCUUAAGGAUUCUCGUUGGAAUCGCCGUGGCAAAAACGACGACCAACCAACUAAACGGCAACCACACGAACUGUGGAAAACGAGACACGUAUAGGGCGUGAGUUACUGUAGUUGUUGUUAUGAGUUUGCUUAGUGGUUGGGAUUAGUUUACUUGUUGUUUUCUUAAUUAUGUGGGGGCAAUCAAAGCAAACUAUCCAUGCAAGACACGAGAAGAUCGAGACUUCGAGAGAGAGAGCCCUAAACUGUUCCUGUCCAACCUAUCAAAGAAAAAUUUCGUCGUAAAAACAAACGAUAAAUUUUAAGAUCAUGAGCACUCGUUAAAUUGACAAGAGCAGUCAAAACGAGCACACAAUUCUGAUGGUGGCCACUCCCAGGUGGAUAUAGCGCAGGGGAACGGUGGAUGUCGAGACUCGAAUAUCGAACCUCGCCCGAAUAUAAACUCGAGCUUUUGAAUUUAUAUACCAUCUCUGACCAAGUACCCCCCCUGGCGGUUUUCGUGAUGAAUUCUUGUGGGUGAUUUCGAGCUGGAUUGGAGUUAAAACGAGGGUCUCACCUUGUUGAUAGAUUUUUUCGACUAAUCGUCUUAUCAGUCUAAAACCAACGUUUUAAUAGCGCUCAUUUUGCAAAAUUGCAACUAUAACAACCUCCAUAUAUGAUGAAUCAUAAGAUUGAAAAUGUAAUGCAUGUUAUUCUCCCAAAUUACCAACAACUCUCAAGGUUUCUUUUAUAGUAGUACUUUUUCCUUGACAAACCUCAUUAUUUUAUUUCUCGAACUAAUUAAUCGAUUCUUUCUUUCACUCUCCUUCCUGCCUCUAUAAAAUGGGGGAUUCCUUCGCUGUCCCAAAACAAAUAGACACCACCAAUACUCUCUCUCUCUCUCUCUCUCUCUCUCUCUCUCUCUCUCUCUCUCUCUCUCUCUCUCUCGCCAACAUGGCAGCCGACGGCUUCCUGUUCCGAAACGUCGUCGCUUGCCUGUCCUCGGCGGACUCCGACAAAGACCGGAGGCCGUACCACCGCAACUGCGGCUGCGCGCUCCACGCGAAAUCUCCAAACAGAUUCAGCGACGGCGCUGCCACGACGGGCGUCGCCGGUAGCUACUGCCGAGCAAACACCGUCUCCUACAGGAUGAAGAGCGGCAACUGUUACAAAGGCAGCAGCUUGACGCUGUCGUCGUCGUCGUCGUCCUUCUCGGCGACGUCAUCAUCGUCUCCGUGUGCCGGCGUAAUGGAUUCACAGUAGCCGCCGGCGACGAUGGAGACAUGUACAUCGGAAUUGAAUGAUAUAUUAAAGGGAUGUGCCGUUU